AUGGAGUCCAUUAACCUGCAGCUGUGCAAAUUCUGUACUUGUCUGGCGUUAAUCAUCAUGUUGGGUGCAUGGUCUUCUGAAGCCACUUCUCGUAGUCUUCAAGAUGCAUCCAUGUAUGGGAGACACGAACAGUGGAUGACUCGUUAUGGGCGUGUAUAUACCGACAAUGAAGAGAAAGAAAAACGUUUCAAGAUAUUUAAGGAAAAUGUUGCAUAUAUAGAAUCUUCCAACGCCGAUACAAGCAAACCUUACAAAUUAAGAGUCAAUCAAUUUACAGACCUUACAAAUGAAGAAUUCAUAGCCUCAAGAAAUAGAUUCAAGGGGCAUGAAUGUUCCACAAAAACGACUUCCUUCAAGUAUGAAAAUGUUACGACAUCGGUGCCAGCUACGAUGGAUUGGAGAAAGAAAGGAGCUGUAACACCCAUCAAGGACCAAGGCCAAUGUGGAUGUUGUUGGGCAUUUUCAGCAGUGGCAGCUACAGAAGGAAUUACUCAACUUACAACUGGUAAACUGGUCUCUUUGUCUGAGCAAGAGCUUGUUGAUUGCGACACCAAAGGUGUAGACCAAGGUUGUGAGGGUGGUUUAAUGGAUGAUGCCUUUCAGUUCAUCCAACAAAAUCAUGGGCUUAGCACAGAAGCUAACUACCCCUACAACGGUGUUGAUGGUACAUGCAACACCAAGAAGGAAGCUAACAUUGCAGCCAAGAUAACUGGCCACGAAGAUGUUCCCGCAAACGACGAAAAGGCCCUUCUUAACGCGGUCGCUCAUCAACCUGUUUCUGUUGCCAUUGACGCUAGUGGUUCUGACUUCCAAUUCUAUUCAAGUGGUGUCUUUACAGGAACUUGCGGAACGAGCCUAGACCAUGGUGUUACGGCUGUUGGUUAUGGAGUCAGUGAUGAUGGGACUAAGUAUUGGUUGGUGAAAAACUCAUGGGGCACGGAAUGGGGUGAAGAAGGAUACAUAAGAAUGCAAAGAGAUGUUGAUGCUAAGGAAGGCCUAUGUGGCAUUGCUAUGGAAGCCUCUUACCCCACUGCAUAG